AGUUAUGUUAAUCAAUUCGUUUAAGAGAUUGUAGAUCAACAGACAUCUGAAGAAGUUCAAGGAAUUUUAAAGACAAAAAGAAAAGAUAAAAAAUUGUGAAUUUUGAGUGAUUUAUUCGAGAAGAAAGAAAAGAAAAUCUAGAAACAGAGAAGUCUAUUAAAGAGACGUGGUAGCAAAGUCGUUAAGAAAGUGAUUUUCGAUCAAAGUGAUAGUACAGCCUGUUUAUUGUACAAAAACCAAACUACACAAACAAAAUGGCAAACAAGAUUGAACUAAUUAUCAACACACUCAUCGUUGUGCUUACAAUUAUUAAAACAUCCGCAGCUGGAAUCCUAGCUCCAACUGCUCUAUUUUCAAACACAGACCAAUUUUCCAACAAUGACAACACAGACCAAAAUGGCUAUUUGAUUCGCAACAAACGUGCAGCGUACAUUGUACCCAGUGACUAUUAUGCCAACUACUACAAUGAUUACUACAACAACUACUACAACCAACCUGCCAUCGGUCAAAAGUUUGACACACCAUCUCGACCAUCGGCCGACCGAUUCGAUGGUAACGACGAUGAUAACAUUGUCGUCUCGCAGGGCACAAAAUAUGUGUACACACCAAUUUUCAAAUACAAAUCAACGCAACAGAAACGCCGUAAGCUUUUCGUUCCAAAUUUGUUCGGUUAGACGGCUGAUUUGAUACGAUUAAGAUUUAUAUAAAAAUUGAUUACGAUGUUUCCAAUGGCAAACGCGUUCAUGUUCUUUAAGGAGAAAUGCUCAUACCAAAUGACUUUAUAUUAUUUUUAAGCUGUGAAAAACGAUUAUAAAUGUUAUUUUCAAUUGGAUCUACCUUUUAUGGAAAUAGUCUAUUGUUUAAGGAAUCUUUAAUAAUUUUUUGUUUGUUUAAAUUAUUUAAGGUGUGUUACAGAGUUUAUAAGACUUUUUUAUGUUGAAUUGCAUUUUUUAUUAAAAAGAAAAAAUUUCCAAAAA